GGUCUGUUUUUCCUUAAAUUACUCAGCUUACCAAACACCGCACUGUAGAGUGGGAGAGAGAAAACUUCAUCAACUGGGUUUCUUUCUCUCUCUGCUCUCUCUCAAUAAGUCUCGGAAUCCAUUGUACUCUUUUCCCAUUAAAGAAAAAGCAAUAUAGCCCCAAAGCCUCAAUCGUUUAUACCAAAUCUCUCUCUCUCUCUCUAGAAUCGAAUCUGUAUAAACCCUAAUUAUUGCUAUUAAUUUAAUCGACUGAUAUAUAUGUAUAUAUAAUAAUUUCUACAACGAUUGUGAGAUCAAUUAUUGUUGCUUAAACAUAUCGAUCUGAUCCAUUGUUGGUUUUAAUUGAUCUGAGAAUCGUUUGAGAGAGAGGGAGAAAAAUGGUCUCGGCAAAUAGGGAAAUGGUGGUGUAUUGCUUUGACACCCUGGUCGCUCACUACAACAGCGAACAAGCCCCUCCCCCUGCUUUCGACGAGGGCCAACACCCAUUGUUUGUCACUUGGAAGAAGGUGUUGAAUGGAGGGGAGCCUCGUCUACGUGGAUGCAUUGGAACUCUAGAAGCUCGUGGCUUGAUCAAUGGAUUUCGUGACUAUGCACUAACAAGCGCUCUGAGGGACCGCCGGUUCCCCCCAAUACAGGCUAAAGAAUUGCCUUAUUUGGAAUGUACGGUCUCCAUUCUGACUGAUUAUGAGACAGAGCUCAACUACCUUGACUGGGAGGUCGGAAAGCAUGGUAUAAUUAUUGAGUUUACUGAUCCUGACUAUAAUACAAGGCGCAAUGCCACGUAUCUGCCUGAGGUGGCUGCCCAUGAAGGCUGGACAAAGAUGGAAGCAAUUGACUCGCUGAUGCGUAAAGCGGGUUACAAUGGCACCAUAAACGAAUCAAUCAGGAAGCGUAUCCGAUUGACUCGUUACCAGAGUACAUUAUUUACUAUGAAUUAUAGUGAUUAUGUUGCCUAUAUCAACACCACCAGAGUUGCUUCUCUCUCUGUUGGGGCGAAGCCCGGUAACCAUUGAUUGUUUCAAUCAAUUUCCAUUGAAACCAUUAAAACUUGUUUGGUUAUAUGGAGGACCAACCUCCAUUAGACAAAAAUGAUUGGGUUGGAAUUGAUUUGUUUGGGUUCCAACCCACAACAUAAUUUGUUGUUUAACUCCUAAAUUAUUCUUCAAAUUCAUUUGAUUUUGAGGAGUACACCAAAAACAUGUUUCCAUGCAAAUCGCACCAAAAUUCUCAUCUGCAGCUUACUUUGGAAUAGUUGCAGUGGUGUAAAACUCUAUCACUUGUAAUAUAAAGUUCAUCCUGUGUGUUUAUUUAUCAUUUGACAA